AGAACCAAUUAUAAAAGAAAGUAAUUAAAUGGCUUCACUGAUCCAUGAAUCGUAGCAUUGUUCAUUGAUCACCAGGUCUAUUGACAACGCCUCCUCCCAGUCAAAGACAAAAACAAUAGAUUUUCUGCAGUGACAAACAUUCGAGAGUCAGUAAAAAAACACAGCUCUUUGCUAAUUCUCUCAAGACUAAGUUCUGUUAUUGCUGUAAAAGAACUAUUUCCUGYCCUGAAGUACAUGAUACUAGUAAAAUCCUGUGGGGCGAUACGUGCAGACAAUUUGGCGCAACUUCCACUCCUUUAGUUAACCAGCGAACUAUCGACAUCCAUACACAUGAUGUUCUUGAUGACUGUAAGGCUUCCGGGCUUGUUUACUUCAGUAAUCCUCUGUUUUAUAAUUCUUUGUUAUUUUUGUGACAUAUUUGAUUUGGUAAAAAUCCGGAAAUGACGAAAGCAUUUCAAUGUGUGUUGAUAUUGUAAAUCCAACACAAACCAUCAAAAAAAAUGCAUUAUUCAAGACAGGUAGAUAAACUUGAGCAAUGACAAUCAGUACAUCAUGAUGAUCCAAGUAGAUAUACCGAGGAAGAUUCUCUCGGAAACGAACUAUACAUUAGCCUGAUCAACAGUGCAAUAGUUUGAUAGUAUCUUAUCGAGUCAUGGAAUUUCAAAGAUCUUUUUGCAGUAUUCUUUUUUUCGUCACGUCCAUAUACAAUAUUUCCGGAACGAGGGAAAUUCUCGCCCAUGGAGGAGGUUUCCAUAACGCAACUGCGAUAAUAGCGAAGCAAAGAAAUGAGCAUUCAUAAUAGUCCUGCAGUUCAGUAAUCCCGAUUAGAUAAUGACUUUUCAAAAGAAUCAAUUCGAACUUAUCUUAAAAUCCUACUGGUGAGUACGGAACAUAGCUAUCCCUCGUGCCUUCUGUAAACAUCAUACAGAGAGAGUAGUCAGUAUAAGAAUCUGAGGUCGUCUAGACGUGUAAUGCGUUCUUGUUCUGUUUGAUCAUCGACUUAUGAUCAGAUCAUGGUUUUCCUUGCAUGUCGUUAGUAGUCCAUCAAUCACGCGGGACCGCGCCUACCAUUCACACGAUUAUUGAAGAUAUCCCAAUAGCUUUAUCUCGAACAGUACGACUAGGUGUUUGUAAUUGCAGCCCGUUAGCACUUUUUAUUGUUCAAUGGUUCGCUAGUUUGCUAUCAACUCACACUGACCACUGUCAAAGGUUUCAUCAUAGUGGUGAAAAAAGCCGACCAAGGAAGCCGAAAAACUACACCAGAAUAGCGGGACGUUUGAUUCUCGAAAAUGAAAAAGAUAAACAGGAAAUUAAAACAACAGCGAUGUAGCAGAACUGGCCGAGCGUGGAUCUCACGAGAAGGACCCGAAGGGGAUUGUGUGAUCGAGACUACUAACCCUUCGACGGGUUCUCAAGCAACCACAGAAGAAAUGUGCAAAGCACCAAGUUCUCAUACAGCUGAUUUUACAUACAAAGGCUAUCCUGUCAACUUAGAAGAGCCUUUUGAGGUGGAAAAAAGYAAAAAGUGUUUAUUCUAUGAUGACUAUCCUUUGGAAGUGGUUGAGUUGCCUGAUUUGCCAGAUGGCAAGAAAAUUGAAUUGAGGUUUGAAAGAGAAGGCCUUGURGAAGCAUCAACACAAACAACAAAGCCAAUCAAGGAGCUCAAUGAAUGUGGGAUGUCAGUGAGAUCGGCAGGAUCAGACCAUCUUGAAUGGUCAUACACACUKUAUGACUUUGAAGGCAAAGGACAGGUUUCAAGAGAUGAUCUCAAGAAUCUUGUUAAGUCUAUUUAUGAGGUUCUUGGAAAAAGUGUACACCAAUCAAAGACCCAGUCCAAAGAUCCUCUCAAAAAGUUAAAGAUAAGAUUAUCUGUGUCAAAGGAAAGAGGAAAAGCUAAUGAUACCAYAGAACCUUCUUCAUGUCAUGAGUAUGUAAUAUCUGCUGUUACAUCACAAGACCACUCCAAAAGAACUAGAAAAGGAACUUUUCACAUAGAAAGAUGUGAUUCAAUGACAGUUAAUCCACCAUCACCUGACAGUUUGAUGAACAUUGAUAAACUUCAUCCCAUAGCUCAGGAAAAAACUCCUCUUGAUGGUUCAGAUAAACACAGCAUGCAGAAAACAGUUUGUAGAAGGUGUGAUCAAGGCAGAAGGUGUAAGCAGCCUAUGGGACAUGAAAGUAUGAAGAGAAACCCUGAGUCUAAAGCCAAUUAUCAUUGCCCAAAACGUAUGCAGACAGGUCCUGGUGAUUGUAAUCCCCCAAGUCCCAGAGAAAUGGAUCUGUGUAGAGUGAGGGACUGGCUGAGUAAAAUCUGUGAACCUCAUGAUGGYCAUGAAAUUGAGAGAAUUGAGAGUCGGCACAGACACAGCAGAAAGUCAAGGCAUAAUUCUUGCAGGCAAGGACCUUGGGAACAUGAUUUUGAACUCCACAAGUGUCCACAGUAUCUAGAUCUUGCAACAGAUCAUGCAACUUAUCCUUAUCACGUCCAAAGUCAUGCAUGUCUUUAUUCUAACUCUCCAAGACUACCAAGGCGUUCAAAACACUCUAAAUCACCAUCUCACAACUGUAAGCAGAGGGAUCAAUCAUGUCCUAACCGAAGAACAAUUGUACAUGAACAUCACCAUCAUCACAAUCAUCACCACUAUCAUCACUACAUUGAGUAAAAUACACCAUUUAUGAACUCCUAUAAUGUGAUUUUGAUAAAUAUAGAGACUAUUAUAUAUUAUUACACUAUUAUAUAGUCCAUUUCCUAUCUUUCCUUUUUUWAAAUAGGAAAACUGAAGAGAAACAAAAUAUAAGAUAUCAAGAGAAGCCUUUAAUUUUGAAAUUCUUUAUAUAACUUAACUAUUUAAUACUUGAUGUACAUAUAAUAUCUUAAUCAACGUACAAAACAAUGUCCAUUGGCUUUGAGAUUUAAUAGCAAGGCUAAAUAAUUAAACAUGAUAUUUAUGUCAUAGAUUAUAUAGCCUCACCUUGUUACAUUUACUACUUUUAUAGCAAUUAGAUUAUUAACAAAAUCAUAUUAUUGUUUGAUUUGAACUGGUUSUUGAAAAACUACCAGUUGUUAGUUCACCCUCUGUUAGUUGCAAUCAAUUUACUGCUUACAAUGUACACCUUUCAAUUAUUAACAUAUAGCAUUCCUAAUAAGUCUCUACAUUAUAAGGACUCGGAAUUGUUAACAGGAUGAAAAAACACUUACCAGAAUAUCUAUCUUGCCUGUAAGUCUUUCUGACAGCAAUUGUUGAGAAUGACUAAAAUGUUCGUUCAAAAAAACAAACAAACAUAAAUAAGAAUAUUAACGCUAUUGAUGUAAGAAUAUACAAAAAAAUUGACCAUUGUUCGUUCUAAGAACAGUUAUAAUGUAAACAAGUGCACUACAUUACACUUAAAUAUUAAAGUUAUUUGAAAAAUUUUGA